GGAUGCUGGUCAGCGCGGAGGGCUCUCCGCUUUAUCAGGUGAUCUCCAGCACUGGUGGCCACCACCUCCUUCGCCCAAAGGAAAAUGCACAAUGGCCCACCAGGGCAGUGAGGGGCAGUGGCCCUGGGCCCGCACCUCCCGCACCCCUACCCUGGGUCCAGGUGCAACCCCCUCAAGUCCAGCAGCUGAGGGUCCUGCCUGAGCCUUGCGCCAGCUGACCUCGCGUCGUGCCGCGCCCACAUGGGUCUGUGCUACAGUCUGAGGCCGCUGCUCUUCGGAGACGCAGAGGAUGCCCCGCGCACAACCUCAGAACCGGCCACUGAAGCGGCGCGGCAGAGCCCAGUCUCUGUCCCGGCGCUUAGGAGGGACGUUGCUCUGACCCCUCUCCCUUGGGGCGCUGGCAGGAGUCCCGCAUGCGCCGGACCCAAAGCCAACCCAAAGAAGGAACGGAGGCGACGCCCGGACCAGCUGAGCGCCGAGGAGCGUGAGGCCGAGCGGGAGGCGAGGAAAAUCAGCAGGAACAUUGACCGCAUGCUCCGGGAGCAGAAGCGAGACCUACAGCAGACGCACCGGCUCCUGCUCCUGGGGGCUGGUGAGUCUGGGAAAAGCACUAUCGUCAAACAAAUGAGGAUCCUGCACGUCAAUGGAUUUAAUCCCGAGGAAAAGAAGCAAAAAAUUCUGGACAUUCGGAAAAAUGUUAAAGAUGCUAUUGUGACAAUUGUUUCAGCGAUGAGUACUAUAAUACCUCCAGUUCCACUGGCCAACCCAGAAAACCAAUUUCGAUCAGAUUAUAUCAAGAGUAUAGCCCCUAUCACUGACUUUGAAUAUUCCCAGGAAUUCUUUGAUCAUGUGAAGAAACUUUGGGAUGAUGAAGGUGUGAAAGCAUGCUUUGAGAGGUCAAAUGAAUACCAGCUGAUCGACUGCGCACAAUACUUCCUGGAAAGAAUCGACAGUGUCAGCUUGGUGGACUACACCCCCACAGACCAGGACCUUCUCAGAUGCAGAGUUCUGACAUCAGGGAUUUUUGAGACACGAUUCCAAGUGGACAAAGUAAACUUUCACAUGUUUGAUGUUGGUGGCCAGAGGGAUGAGAGAAGAAAAUGGAUCCAGUGCUUUAAUGAUGUCACCGCUAUCAUUUAUGUGGCAGCCUGCAGUAGCUACAACAUGGUGAUUCGGGAAGAUAACAACACCAACAGGCUGAGAGAGUCCCUGGACCUUUUUGAAAGCAUCUGGAACAACAGGUGGCUAAGGACCAUCUCUAUAAUCUUGUUCUUGAACAAACAAGAUAUGCUGGCAGAAAAAGUCUUGGCAGGGAAAUCAAAAAUUGAAGAUUAUUUCCCAGAGUAUGCAAAUUAUACUGUUCCUGAAGAUGCAACACCAGAUGCAGGAGAAGAUCCCAAAGUUACAAGAGCCAAGUUCUUUAUAAGGGAUCUGUUCUUGAGGAUCAGCACUGCGACAGGGGAUGGCAAACACUACUGCUACCCACACUUCACCUGCGCCGUGGACACGGAGAACAUCCGCAGGGUGUUCAAUGACUGCCGAGACAUCAUCCAGAGGAUGCACCUCAAACAGUACGAACUCUUAUGAGGCGUCUAGGGCAGUAGGCAUGCCUUCUGGCGCCAUCUCUCCGCCUGCUCUCCUUUCUCUGCUACCACACCAGGCAGAGCAGUUAUUUCCAAACUACCUGUCAGCCCCAAGCCAUGGUAGAAAGUAGUGAGUUCCCACUGUCAUCCAUGCUGCCGUCUGUCCUGCUCUGUGUCCUCUCCAUGUGUGACCACCAAGCCUCUGGCUACCUCUUUCCCCUCAGGUUUGGUUUGUAGCUUUUGUUCUCAUUGAACAUGGCCUUCCCUAGCCUCCCACCCCCACCCAUUUGUCAUUGAAAACCAUCUACUCUCACUUGGGUGACACUACAGUGAAAUUUCUCUGGGUGGGGGCCCCUGUUAUUCAUUUAUUCAGUGAUUUGUUCAUUAAUUCAAAACUUGAUAGAUGGCGGAAAAGCACACUUUUCCCAAGUUAUGUGACAUGAUUGUAGAGUCACUUGUGUAAUGCAGUGAGCCAGGCUUUCCAAUUCUAGCUUUAAGCUGCAAACGGACAAGAGGCCACCUCUUCUGAUCUGCAUUAGCCCAAGAUUUAGAGUAGGCCCCAAGCUACAGAAUGGUAAGAAAAGCUUUUUUUUUUUUUCAGUAAUAUUUUGAGUAUCCGCUAGCCUCAGGCAUUUAAAUUACAGCUACUUUGAGCCUUUUAUAUUUAGGCAGAAAACCUACCACAUUCACUACUGCAAAGGGUAUCCUGUCUAAAAAUGAUUCUCUAGAUUUUCACAAUGCUUGGGCAACAGUCUCCUUUCAUAUAUUCUUUUUGUUGUUAUUUUAUUGCCAGUUUAUUAUAAUGUACAGACCAUAGAAUUUAAUAUUAUUUUGUAUAAGUCCUGAAGAAAAAUCCUUGGAGAUCUUUGGGCCUUGAUUGUGGCCAUACCUAUAAAAGAAAUGUGUUUUUAUUGUGCUAACAGCUAAAUGGCAGCAUAACCCACCGCUUGCUCAAAGAAAGGGAAUAAAUAGUAUCUGUAGAAUUUAGGACAUUUUACCAGGAUACUGAAAAAUACUCCUUGAUUUUUAAAAAUUAUAUGUAUUAUAUUAUACACAUAACUCUUCCACAUCUUAUAAUUAAUGCUGUACUAACAUCACAAGCUUCUUCCAAGGAACCAAGGAUGUUUUUUCUCUCCAGACAAAAUGUUUAUUGAUUAUUUUACUAUUUAAAGACUUUUACAAGUUCCCUCAGUGGGAAUAGGUCAACUAUUCCUACCGUCAAAGCUUUUGAACCAUUCAUUUGACCAUAGGUUCCAUCAUAAGUAAAAAGGAAGAAAAAGACAAAAGGGUGUCAAUAUUUGUGUCUACUUAGGAGAAUCAAAGGAUGACAUUUUCAUUUGCCUUUUGAAGAAGAAACAUUACAAAACUUUUAUUUGAAAUAUGAAGUCAAAAUAUAUGAAGAUUUACAAAGGCAGCCUCAAAAGUUAUGGCACUCUAGAAAGCAAGAGUCACUGUAGCAGGGAUGUUUUAUACUCUCUCCACAGCCACAGCUUUGAGGGCAGUUCCCUUAGGUCAAAGCUAAUCUGUGAUGAUGUCCAAGUUACAGUUCAACAGUACAGAGCCAGAGAAGUCACGGCCUGGCCUACAUUACUUCAGUAACUUCUUU